AAGAAGGUUCUUGAACGCUCUAAAACCAUCUCCCAAUUACAUUACAAACAGGGUGACGAAACCCUAAACAGAUCGAGCGAAGAAGAGAACGCCGGAGAAAAUGUCGCACUUCGGGAGAACUGGUCCGCCGGAUAUCGCUGAUACUUAUUCUCUCCUCGUCCUCAACAUCACUUUCCGUACCUCGGCGGAUGAUCUCUUUCCUCUUUUCGACAAGUAUGGGAAGGUUGUGGAUAUCUUCAUUCCCCGGGACAGAAGGACUGGUGAGUCACGUGGGUUUGCGUUUGUUCGUUACAAGUAUGCAGAGGAAGCACAAAAGGCUGUAGAUAGGCUGGAUGGAAGAGUGGUUGAUGGACGGGAAAUGGCUGUUCAAUUCGCCAAAUAUGGGCCAAAUGCAGAACGAAUUCACCAAGGGAGGAUCAUUGAGAAAGUUCCUGGAAUCAAGGGAAGCUCAAGAAGCAGAAGCCCUCGUAGAAGAUACCGUGAUGACUAUCAUAGAGAUAGAGAAUACAGGAGAAGUAGGAGCAGAAGCGUUGAUCGCUAUGAGCGGGAUAGAUAUCGGCAGAGAGAGCGGGACUAUCGCCAUCGGUCCAGGAGCCGCAGCUUAAGUCCAGACUAUGAUCGAGAUCGUGGCAGGGGACGUGACAGAAAACAUCAUAGGCGGAGCCCAUCAGUUGACAGUGCCUCCCCAGCUCGGCGUAGCCCCAGUCCUCACAGGAAAGAGUCUCCUCGUAGAAGCUUAUCACCUACAAAAGGAAGUCCUGAGAGGCGUGUUCGCAAUGAACGCUCUCCAACUCCUCGAAGUCGCUCCCCUCCAGGUCGAGAAAUGGAUUCACGAAGCCCUUCUCCUCGUGUUGAUGAGGAUUAAUUUUCUGGUGGGCAUAAUAUGAGAACAAGCAGACAAGUGCAUCAACAACUUUAGCUUUCUUCUGAAUGUGUUGAAACACAAAAUGUGAUGCAAUUUCUAGGCAGAAUAUUUAGCUGACAUUUUGGUAGGACUGGUCUCCUGGUGUUAAAUGUUUCUGUACUCUAUGUACUGCAUGCCUUUGCUAUCUUUAAGUUUUCAAUGUUAUGGUACUAGGUUGUGAACUUAAAAUGAGUCGUGAUACUGAAACUAUAUUGAUGGAUUCCUCAUAGAACACUUU